AUGGCACCCCCCAAGAUGGCAAACAGGAUGACCCCCCCUACAUUUAUGACCCAAAGGAAGUACCUCCAACUAAUCAGCAUGGCAAAAAAGCUGGACGCCUGCAAAAGUGAGUUGCUGCGCUACCGCAGGGGGGAGAAGACGGCCGCUGUCGCAGCUACCCCGGGCGCGGUGGACGGGCACACCGGCCUGCCACUCGCCGGACAGAACAACCCCACCAACAUGGAGAGACGCCCUCCGAAGGGAGAACGCGACGCAGCGAGGGGCAAACGGAAUAGCCUCAAAUCUGUAGCCAGUGAACCCAUAAUUCGUACCACAAAACGUAGCGUAACUCCCCAAAUGGGAAGAAAAAAAAGACACAGUGAUCCAACCCCACUUGCGAAAAGCUUCGCCAUAGAGGAAACCCCAGGUGCACAGAAAAUGAAGGACGAAGGGGGGCUACCCAGACGACAGCUAGCCAAAGCAGCAACAGUUGGUGAAUACAAAGCGAAGAAAAAAAAAAAAAAAAAAUUACAAAACACGACGCAAGUUUUUCCCCACCCCAAAGGAACACAGAAGAGUAGAAAAAAAAAAAAAUCUUUUUCCACUCUCCCCAAAAUGGAGAUCAGCAAGAGGGAAAACGACGAAUACACAUUUCGGAGCCCCCACAGUGCAGAUGACCAGACGGUUCCCGCCCAGGUAGAGGCGAAGCUGAACCUCAUGCCGCCUGUACACACAAGUCGGGUGAGGGAAGACCCCCCAGACAUGCCGUCCAUGCUGAGCAAAUUGACAGAAAAGAAGAAGUCAAUUCAUUUACCCACACAUGGAGCAAAGAAGCCGCUUUCCAAACAGAGUAAAAGUGCGAAGACAUUGGGGGAAGAAGGCCACCCUGGUAAUGCCACUAACAAACGAGAGAACGAAUCUGCCACAAAGAAAGGAGCCCCCCUCUCCAAAGGGGGAGAUAUCUCCAGGAGGAAGUUAAGAAGCGUUUCUAGAUGUACAGCCCAAUCUGCUAAAGGUACUCGUCCACAGGUGAGUCCCUCCCGGGGGUCAUUACGAAAAGGGGUCUCUCCGAAGGCGGUACUGCUGACGGUACUGCUGACGGUACUGCUGACGGCACUACUGACAGCACACAGAGCAGAUCUAAGAGGGCUCUUCCACCUCGUCCUUCUCUCCGAGCUUCCCCCCUGCGGAGUGCCAAGCGGAAGAGACAAAACCAGCGCACUCACGAUCAUCAAGAAGGAGAGAAGCAAAGGGCCAACCGGAAAACCGUAA